CUGGAGUUAACCUGUGGCGAACUCCAAAAACACCUAUAAGGAGUUUCGAGUUUCCAAAAUUUGUUAUUAUUUUUCAAUUGUCUUUUAAUAAUAAAAUGGGUACAAACUGGACGAAAACGUAUUUUACUCAUCAGGAUACAAUGCCCGUAGCAUUGAGCGAACCAACUUUUGAUCCUCAAAUGGGAUUUCCAAAUGGUAGAAAAGAAAGAGUUAUGGUUGCCACAAUUCAAGAAAUGAGGGCAAAUAAUGUGCCAUCAGAAUUUCGUGAUUAUUGUGCUCAUCAUUAUUUAAAAUUAGAAGCAUGUCGAGCUCGUGAAAUGCCAUGGAUUGUUAAAUGUACUGAAGUAAAAGAUGAAUAUCAACAAUGCCUAGUGGAUGAUUGGGUUUUACGAAUGAAGGAAUAUGAAAGAGAGCGCCGACUUUUAGAAAGGAAAAAAAGGCGAGCUACACAGGAAGCUAUAGCUGCUUGAAGUUAUUUCGUUGUAUAGAUACUUGCUACGAUUGUUGUUCGCAUUUUAGAAAUUGUAAGAAUACUUUACGUCUAUUGUAAAUAUAUUAUGAAUAAAUUAUUGAUUGCCCAUGAAUAACAUUCAAAUUCAAAAUUUGUCUGUACUUCAUGUUUUCAUUUAAUAUAAUAAAAUAAAAUAAUAGUA